AUGGCGUUUGCUGCAAGAAGAAGUCUGUCUCUCCGAACAAUCCUCUUUUGCAUUUUCUUUCUGAUCGGCUUCUCAUUUGCCGAGGAAGCUUCUCACGACGGCGAUUCCCCAAAAUUUCCUGGCUGCGAUCAUCCUUACAAUCUGGUCAAGGUUAAGAACUGGGUUAAUGGUGCUGGAGGUGAAACUUUGACUGGAAUAACUGCAAGAUUUGGAGCUUUUCUGCCAAAAGAGGCGAAAAAUGGUGUCAGAUUGACGGCUGUUUUCUCUAAUCCAUUAAAUAGCUGUUCGCCUUCUUCUUCCAAGCUAUCUGGUUCUGUUGCCAUUGCUGUGCGUGGUGAGUGUGACUUCACAACAAAGGCUAAAGUUGCACAGUCUAGAGGUGCAGCAGCUCUGUUGGUGAUAAAUGACAAAGAAGAGCUUGCUGAGAUGGGUUGUGAAAAGGAUAGUUCUGCUCAAGAUAUUUCGAUUCCUGUUGUACUAAUUCCCAAUUCAGGAGGUCAAUCUCUGAACAGAUCUAUAAUGGAUGGACAGAAAGUGGAGCUUCUGUUCUAUGCACCUGUUCGUCCUCCAGUGGAUUUGUCCGUGAUAUUCUUAUGGAUGAUGGCCGUUGGAACAGUUGUUUGUGCUUCACUUUGGUCUGAGAUAGCUGCUUCCGAGGAGAAUGAGGAGCGGUAUAAUGAAUUGUCACCAAAGGAAACUUCCAAUGCCUCAGCAUUCAAAGAUGACGCUGAGAAAGAUUUCCUUGAUAUUGAUGUGAAGAGUGCGGAAGAAAAUUUGGAUAGAAUGAUACUUAUGGAAUCAAAGUCCGGUGGAAUUGAGAAUCAGAACUAG